GGUGAGGAGGCUGAGAAACUCAAAGUUGGCCACUUCCGAUCUGCGGCGCGCAGAGAGAAGCGGAGAGCUGAGCUGGGCUCGGAGGGCAGCGCCGCCACUCUCGCUGCUGCCUCUCGCGACGCGCCGUGCCUCCACAGGCGUGAACAAGCGAUGCUGCAAGGAGGACGCUGGCCCGUGGAUUGACUGCCGUGCGGUGGGAGGAGCGGCGCGAGCCCCGACGAGGAAGGCGCCUCGUCCCUCAGCCGGGUUUUUUUGUCCGCACCCCGUCCCUUUACGUGCGCCGCACCUCUCCUCCUCGCCAAACCGCAAUCUGGUCGCCUGGGCCAGGGAGGAGCGGGCGGGGGCGUGUGCCGAGUGGGGUUAAGCGUGCGGUGCGCUUGAAUGCGGCCACGCAGUAGAGCCGAGCGCACGCCGAGAGAGAGAGCCGCGGCACUCGCUCAACCAGUUUUGGCAGCCGAGUUUUUCUUCACCUGGUGGUUUUUUUCUCUCUUUUCAAUAAUAUUAAUUUAAACUUUUCGGCAAAGUAAUUCCGCGAGCAUGCGCCGCGCGCGCGCCUGAUGUGCCCCCCGAGGGACGCGGAGGUCGCGACGCGCGCAGCGCCGUUCGUGCGUGGGUGGGGUGGGGAGCGGCCCGGCACCGAUCAUUUGGCGGGGGAGCCAUGCGCAAGCUGGCGGCGCCGACGCCGCACCUCCCAGGGGCAGCGUGCGGCCCCUGGGAGCCGAGGGACGGCUUCACGGUGAGCGGCGGGGGCGGGGGCGGCGGCGGCCGCGCCGCCAUCCUCGGCAGCUUUGAGCGCGCCGAGGAGUUUGGCAUCCUGGGUCCGGGGGCGCCCUACGGAGAAGAGGUGUGCGAGGAGUGCGGGCGCGAGAUCACCUGCGUGGAUGACGUUGGCGGGAGCGGCAGUGCCCGGCUGUGGUUCGACGACGACGAGGAGGAGGAGAGGUACAUUGAGACGAUGUGCCUGCGGCGGCGGGGCAGUACUAGCGAUGAACUCUUAGAGGGCUCUGACUGCAUGAGCACGAACGGGAUGUCGCCCGUGCGGUCCUGCUACGGAGAUCCGAGCGUUUACCUGGACGAUGCUGCGGACACGGAAGCCGACGCCUCCUCUCACCCCGACUUCUACGAUGGCGGCGUCUCGUCGUGUGGCGACGUUCCCUGUGCCGUGGACGCCUUCGACAACCACCCUGGCGGGCGACACGCCAAAGCGACGGCCCGCAUCGCCGACGGUGCACACGUUCACCAGGGCCGCGCGAGCGACACGCUCAACUCCGGCUCCGGCUCGCGAAGUGGAAACAGCUUCUCCGACUACGGCAGCGCUGACGAGUCCCCCGGGCCCGGACACACGUCGGUCCGCGAGUUCCGCUCCGACUCGGACGCCAGGGCCUCGGAACAAGGCCAAAGCUACACGUGCUUCUUCCUGGUGAGUUCCAACGAUCCGCCGAGCGGCGCGGAGGCCCUGACGUCCGACGGCCCAGGCCGCACCGCGAGAAGCAUCCCGUCGGCCAAUCCCACGAGCGAAAACGCCCCACGCGCCGGCACCGGCCACGCGCCGCUGAAGCCUUGCCGCAGCGUGGACGAUCCCGCUUGCUCGCGGCUGAGGCUGCGGGCCGCAAAGAGCGCCAAUGGUGCCUGGUGGGCUUCUCUGGAUUCGUCUCCAGCCGGAGCCUCCGUAGUCCGAGAACAUUUCCCCGCUCCUGCCACCGGCGCUGUCGGACCACGCUCCCGGAGGAGUGAGCGCGAAGACGCGGCGUCGCCACACUUGGCCGGCGUUCGUCAACGGGGUGGCGGAAGCGCUGCGCUUACUACGCCGGACAGCGAGGAGCGCGGGCGAGAGCGCCGGCCGUCUCCCACAAUGCAUCGUAACGCUGGCUUUCCCCAUCAAAAUAUAAUGGCCCUUCAUUGCCAUCAUCCUGCAGAGUCCGUCUCCGAGCCGGUGCUACACAUCUCCAGCCAGGCCGACGGCGGCCACCUUCCUCUGCAGCUCUCGGUGAGCUUUGACUCCAUACCGUGCCACUCUCCUCUGCAGGCCGUCCAGUGGCCCACGAACAUCAAUGCGUCUGGUCACUCGGCCCUGAGGGCUUCUCUGAGCGAAGGUCAUGACCCCAACGCGUCGGUUACGGACCACAGGCUCGGAGACUGGAGAAAUCACCCGUUUCACACGAGGCCCAGCGCAGCCACGUGCUACUUCCGUCGCCCCUACGGCAGCUUGCAUCUCUACGACAACGACGAUUGCCCCGAGGACGAGGACGAGGAGGUCGACGAUGACGGAGUCGGUUACGGGAGCUCUAGGGCGGCGCUGCACCGCGCCAGUGCCAAGCUGCUGUGGCCCAUGUGGCAGAAGCAGGAGAGAGCGGGGCAGCGCGCCAAGGAGCAGGCCGACGGCAGCCUCGUCCGGAGGGACGCGACGUCGCCCGCGGUGCGCGAGCGCGGCCGGGCGCAGGCGCCGACCCGGCGGCGCAAUCCCGCCGGGCUUCUGACUGAAGCGGCGACGCCAGAAUGGACAAGAGAGGAGCGGAAGGGGGGAGCGGCUCCGUUCAGGCUCGACGGCGAUGACGACGACGACGAUGAUGACGACGGCGGCGGCGGCGGGGUCUGCUGCGAGGGGAGGCGGCGCAAAGCGAGCUCUGUGGUGCUGCUGCGCCGAUACCGGCGUGGCGGAUUUGAGGUGAAGAAGUCGGUGUGCCCCGGCUGCUGGGACCGCUGCGGCUGGAUGGCGGCGGCGGCGGUGGCGGCGUACCGGCCCACGGGCCGCUUCGGCGGCGCGUGGCACUCGACGUCGCGCCCGCAGCCCCGUCACAGGAGGCGCCUCCUGCAUCUGCACUACUAUCGUAAACACAACUCGCUUGGGGCCCAUGGACAUCACCCGGGCAGCUUCUGGAACGAGCAGGACCCAGACGGAGCGCUGAGCAUCCUGCGGUGCAUCCGGAGUCUGGGGCAGGGCUGCCCCUCGAGAGAACACAACGUGAAGGUGCUCCUGUGGCACGGGGGAGACGCGCACCUCCUGCACUCGUCCAGGAAGAUUUUGGCCGAGUCGGUGACUGCCCGGGCGCGGGCGGUGGCGGCGGCGCUUGCCGCGAAAGCCCCGGCGGUCGCGGUGCGGGGCUGGCUGCCCGACGAGGGGCUCCGGGAGCGCGUGUCCGGCGCGCUGCUGGAGGCCGUGCUUCUGCUGGGGUCGCGCCCCGGGGUCACGAGCCCCGUGCUGACCACUGCGUCCGCGCAGGGGAAGAGCCCUGCCAAAGGGCGAGGCCUGGCGAUGUCCCUGCCCAGCACGAGCGGCCUCGAGCCGACGGCGGCGGGAGGCGCCACGAGCCCCGAGCUGGAGGCCCUCUGCUCGCUGCUCGCCUUCCCCGAGGAGGUGGCCGGCGUUCUGUGGGAGCGCGAGGUCGCGCUGUACCGCAAUGUUUCUCCCGGCUCCUACCUCGCCUUCCUCACCGCGGACCUGUCCUCGCCCGCCGCCACGGACUCCGUCCUCGCCGGCCUGCGGGGGAAGCGUGGCAGCGAUGCGGCGCCAGCCGAGCAGCAACAGCAGCAGGGUGGCGGCCCGCGGCCAGAGGACGCCAUCCAGGCCCUGGUGGACUGGUUCAACGAGGUGAGCACGUGGGUCACGUGGCUCGUGCUGGCCGCCCCCUCCAUGGAAGAGAAGCGGCAGACGUACUCCUGCCUGGUGCAGGCGGCCUACGCCUGCUACCACAAGAGGAACUACCACGGCGUCGCCGAAAUCCUCUCUGGCCUCAGGUCCCGCAAGGUGCUCAAGAUGUGGCAGUUCAUGGAGCCCUCGGACAUGCAGGCCGUGCAGAGCCUGAAGCAGGCCAUGUCGGUGCUGGGCUCGGUGGAGGGCUACGCCCGGGCCCUGCGGCGCACGGCGCCCGGCCGCCCCACGCCGCUGCCCUUCUGCGGAGUGUUCCUGCGCGAACUCGCCGGGCUCAUGGAGUGCGGCGCCAGCCUGUUGGUGUGCGGGCCGCCCGGCGCCUCCGGCAGCAGCCCCUUCCGAGACGCGGCCGGUCCCCGCGGCAGCCCCGGCACCCUGCGGUUCAUGGCCGACUACGCGGGCGAGGCGGGGUUCGUGAGGCGGGCCGGCCUCGACGGGCUGUGCAACCGCGACAAGGCGUCCGAGGUGUCGCGCCUGCUGGCCGUGGUGGCGGCCUGCCGGCGGGGCCUGCUGGCGGCACGGGGCCCGGACGGCGACCCCUGCUCGCCGCGGCCGCAGCACGCCGCCUACCCGCCCCCCGCGAACCCAGCGGGCUGCAAGAACGGCAGGGCGGAGGCGGAGGGGGCGGGGCUCUCGGCGGACCGAGUCAGGUUUGUGCUGGGCGACGUCGCGAACGAGGCGGAGGACGACCGCUUCGACGUGGCGGACGAGCUGGACGGCGCGGCGCCGUCGUGCGCCCUGCCGGCGCACGACCACGGCGUCGAGGUCAUCCCCACGCACGUGCUGCUCCGCUGGCUGCCGCUCGGCCUGCUCGACUUCCUGCGCCGAGGCUGCACCGCGCUGCACUACGACGCGCCCGGGCGCGCCUCGGCGCUCUGCUUCCUGCGCCUGCAGCCCGACAACCGCACGCUCGCCUGGGGGCAGACGCCCGUCGCCGGGCGCGCGCGCGGGGCCUGGCCCAGCGCGCCGGGCGGCCGCGGCGCCUCGGAGGGCUCCCUGGACCUCUCCUCGCUCAAAGACGCCUUUGCCGACGGGCUGGCCCCCUCCGACGCGGCGCACCUGGCCGGCCUGUACCGCCACGCCGCGCUGCUGCGGCCGCUGACGCUCCUGCACGGCGCCGGCACCACUGACAACCGCUCGCUGCACUUCCUGGCGCCGAAGCAGACGGCGUCGCAGCUCACGGACGCGCUGCGGCUCGUCGCCACCGCGCUGCGUGGGCUCAAGCGCUACCCAGACCAGCGGCUCUACUGGCUGCGCAAGCAGUACACGGCGCUCUUUCAGGAGGGAUCCUGCCAGGGCCCCACGCUGGCACAGACGGUGGAGUUGUUUGGGGGCCGGCGGUGGCCGUCCCACGGCGGGGGCAGCAGCGGCGUGGGCGGCGGCGACGCCGGCGGCGGCGGUGGCACCCUGGGCCGCACGGGGACGGAGCGCUGCAGCUACCACAAGCUGGGCCUCGGAGAGGUGGCGCCUCCCAGCAGGAAGGCCACGCAGCGCAACGCCAGCAAGCGCAACAAGAAGGCGCUGGCCAAGUCGGCCAGCGUGGACAGCGAGGAGGAGCUGGGAGAUGUCAGGACGAGGGGACGCCAAGACGGCAGCCUAGAUCUGUCUGCGUCCAGCCCCGCGUCGCUGCUGGCCCCCCUGCGUCGAGGAACGCUGCCCGAGUCUCCCCCCCUGCAGAGCCUCACCUCCACGGCACGGCCGCUCACCCUCACCUCCUCCUGCUCCUCCUCCUCUUCACAGAGGCCCAGCUCGAUGGGCAUGCCCACCACGUUUCCAAAGUCGCAGAGCGGCAGCCGCAACAGCCACAGCUGGCACGGCAGCGCCCGCUCCUUCCACGACUUCGACAACUCCGUCUCCUUGGCGGAGUUCGUGGAGCUCUUCAAGUCGUUCAUCGUACGGAGCCGCAAGGACCUCAAGGACGUGUUCGAGGUGUACAGCGUGCCCUGCAGCCGCUGCGAGAGCCCCGCUGUGCCGGCGGGGAGCCACGCCGACGCGGCCCCCAGGACCCCCCCCGGGGCCCAGCCCGAGAUUGACUUGAUCACGAGGAAUGAGUCCGAGUGGAGUUGGCCGGGUGCCGGCUGGGGUGCGGAGCCUGCCGCGGGGGGAGGAGGCCACGCGGCGUCGCCGGGCGGCGGCUCCGGCGGCAUCAGCGGCGCCGCCGGAGCCGCCGGAGCCUACCAGCGGCAGAUCUCGGACGCGAUCGCGGCGGCCAGCAUCCUGAGCAACGGCACGGGCGUGGAGAGCACGUCGCCCCGCCUGCUGGGCAUGGCCCCCCGGCAGCUCGCAGACUUCCUCGCCAAGUGCCAGGGCGAGCACCUCACCUACCCGGAGCUGCUGCGCCUCAUUCAGCGGUUCGAACCGUCGGAGUCUAUGCGGCAGCGGGGAAUCAUGUCGUUUGAAGGAUUCGCGAGGUUCCUGCUCGACGCGGACAACUUUGCGUGCGUCCUGGAGGAGUCCCCGCCGGACGAGAGCCAGCUCCAGCGCCCGCUCUCGCACUACUACAUCGCCUCGUCCCACAACACCUACCUCACGGGACACCAGCUCAAGGGCGACUCCUCCGUGGAGCUCUACCAUCAGGUGCUGCUGCAGGGCUGCCGCAGCGUGGAGCUGGACUGCUGGGACGGAGACGACGGCUCCCCCAUCAUCUACCACGGCCACACGCUCACCACCAAGAUUCCCUUCCAGGACGUGGUGGAAGCGAUCAACCGCAGCGCGUUCGUCACGAGCGAGCUCCCCGUCAUCCUCUCCAUCGAGAACCACUGCUGCCUCGCCCAGCAGCGUAAAAUGGCCGAAAUCUUCAAGAGCGUCUUCGGGGAGCGACUCGUGACGCGCUUCCUCUUCGAGUCGGACUUCUUAGACGACCCCAUGCUGCCAUCGCCAUGGCAAUUGCGAGGCAAGAUCCUGAUCAAAAACCGCAAGCUGAAAGCUCACCACACGCCCGUGGACCUGCUCAAACAGAAGGCCCACAAGCUGGCCAGCCUGGCGGCGCAGCAGUGCAGCGCCACCGCGGACGAGGAGGAGGAGGACGAGGACGAGUACGACUACGACUACGAGUCGCUGUCCGACGCUGACGGCCUUUCCACAUCCAUGCAGGCUCUCCAGAAAGACACCAUCCUGGACGAGCGCACCGAGCGGCUUCCGUCGGAGGACGCAGAGGAGCAGAGCAAGAGCAGAAGCGGGGCGGCAACGGAAGUGCAGCCGCCCUCGCCCAGCCGCAAGGAGAAGCCCUCCUCAAAGCAGAAGCGCUACGUGGUGUACGACAUGGAGCUGCGGGAGGAGGUUCUGCUUCCACACAACAAGAAGGAGAGUCGGCAGAUCGCGCAGGAGAUGUCCGACCUCGUCAUAUACUGCCAGGCCGUCAAGUUUCCAGGCUUCUCCAGGCCCGGCCCCGCGCGCCUCAAAGCGAAGGCAACGCGCAAGUCGCUGUUUGGUGCCGCCGCGCAGAGGAUGAGCACCGGGGAGCAGGACGUGGCGCACGCGCGCGGCAAGGGCGGCGAUGGGACCGGCGGUGACGCGGAGGAUCCCGGGGUGGCGCCUCCUCUCUCCGCCAAAUCUCUCAGCGCCCUCAUCCGCACGCCCAAGUGCUAUCACAUGUCCUCCAUGAACGAGAACGCCGCCAAACGCCUGUGCCGUCGCUACGGCGCCAAGGUGCCGCAGCACACCAUGUGCCAGCUGCUGCGCACGUAUCCUGCCGCCACGAGAAUAGAAUCCUCGAACCCGCACCCCAUGCUCUACUGGCUCCACGGCAUCCAGAUGGUGGCGCUCAACUACCAGACCGAGGACUUACCCAUGGCGCUGAACGCGGCCAUGUUUGAGCAGAACGGCGGCUGUGGGUUUGUGCUGAAGCCGCCGGUGCUCAGGGACAGGACCUGCCCCCUCCAGAAGACCUUCCGCCCCAUGGACCGCGAGAUCGAGGGGGUGCAGCCGACCACGUACCACAUCACGGUGAUCUCAGGGCAGUACGUGUGCCCGGGUAACACGGCGGGCAGCCCUCACGUGGAGCUCGAGUUGGCGGGCAUGCCGCUGGACACGUGCCACGCGGGCCACCUGCGCACCAAGACCGUGGGCCGCAACGCGCUCAACCCGCUGUGGGGCGAGACCUUCACGCUGCCCGUGCACCUGGAGGCGAUGGCCUUCCUCCGCCUGUCUGUCGUGGACAGCGGCGGCGGCGGCGUCACCGCGCAGCGGAUGGUGCCGCUGGCCUCGCUGCGCACAGGCUACCGCCACUUGCGGUUGCGUAACGUCCAUAACGAGGCGCUGCCCAUCUCCAGCCUCUUCCUGUGCGUUCGCCGAGAGGAGCCCCCCCUCGGGGGGGAGAACACCCCCGCCUCCAGGGUGUUUGGAACGGAGGAGGAGUGGCGCCGCGAUCGGCACCGUCUCACGGUGUGGGGUGCCCCGGGGCCGUGGCCCUUCUCCGUGCUCUCGGUUCCCGAGGACACCACUGCUCUGCAGCUCAUCGCCUUGGCCUUGCAGCAGUCGGAGGCCUCGGACGCUCGUCCCCCGUCCCCCGAGAGCACGCGGGGCGCCUGCGCCUGGGCGCUGGUGGAGGAGUCUCUUCCCGUGUGGCGGGAGAGGGGCGAGGGAGCGGCGUCAAAGGGGGGCGGCGACGGGGACGCGCGGCCGUGCGAUGGGGCGGGCCCGCAGGCCGACGAGCGCGGAUCGCCGGGGGAGGGCGCCGCCCGGCCGGCGAAGGCCGAGGGGCGGCGCAAGCGACGCGCGCUCAACUCCGAGGAGCUGGUGCUGCCGCUCGUGCGAGCGUGGGCCACGCGCGAGGGUUGCACGGCACGGCUCGUCAUGGAGAAGCGCGACGAACCGGGUGGUGAGCGCGAGUGGAACAGCAGCACCUUCCUGGUGCGUGUGCACGACAUCCUGCCCGAGCAGCCGCACACCAUCAUCCGCGCCGACUGCGCCAGCACCGCACAGGACAUCAUCACCCAGACUCUGAGCAAGGCCAAGUACUCGAUGACGUCGCUGAGGAAGAGUGACCCGGCCGGCUACGUGCUGGUGGAGGAGCUGAAGGACCCCAAGCGAGUGUCCCCGGGGAGGCCGCUGCACCGCGUGCUGGCCGACGACGAGAACGUCUGCGCCGCCCUGAGUCGCCAGCUGGAGCCCACGCGGCUGCUGCUCAAACUGCGCGAGCAGGUGCAGACUGUCCUGGACAGGCAGAAUUGCCCCACGGAGGAGGUGAAGCUCCGGGCGAGACGCUCUCCUGGCCGGGCCCCGCUCGUCACGGGCCGCUCCGUGCAGGCCCCGCCGCCGACGGACGGCGCGGCCGCGCAGAUUUCUCACGCGGACGGCCGCUCUUGACGACCUCCCCUCCGCGGAGACGGAGCGCCGCUCCCUCUGGGUGCUGCCCUGCCCCCAGCGCGGCACGUGAAGGAGCUGGAUACCCGCCGUCUGCCUGUAGAUGCAAUAUUGGAGAGAUAAACUAACUUUUAAUUGUUUUUUAAAUGGACGUUCGGUGAGCGCCUUUCUGUUUCCACCAACGUGGUUGUGGUCACAAUCCUGUGGGCGCCGUCAAGCGCGAAAGGAGGGACGAGUUUUGAAUAAGCACUUCCAUAAGCACUUCGUGUACAGGGAUUGCCCUCCAGGGGCCUCGGAAGAAUCCCAACGCAGACGCCGGCACGCGAUGCGCUCUGCCGGACAUGCGCGCCUGGCAUCCACCAGGUGUUGUCAACGCGGGGGGGGCGCCGGUCAACGCCCCCGCCGCUGCAGUCGCCGGAAACGUCGCCACGCUGUGGGAGAGCCCUGGGCCGGUUACCACGUGGCCCAAGCCCCUGGGGGGGCGGACCUACCCUCUCGUUGUGCCUGAUCGUACCUCGCUGUCUAAAGGAGAAGGAGACUGCCGGCACCCCCCCCCCCCCUCCUCUAUAUUUUCUGCACUGAGCAAGUUUCACUGCACUACGUGGGAUGGGCAGGCGCCCAAUGUGAGCACGCCCGUUGCCACCAGGUUUGCUGUACAGAUAUUUUUUAUUGUGAAUAUUGUGGACGUUAGGAGUUCUCAAACGCGCUGAGCCAAAUCAACACGAAGCAGCCACUCCUCGUAUUGGGGCCCUUCAGGUUGUUACCACACGCCCACGUGGGCAAGUCGCGCACGGCGAGCUUGCGACGUGUCCGUCGCCUCGCCGCCUCGGACGGCCACGCUGACACUGAACGUGUGACACUUCACGCUGACACUGAACGUGUGACACUUCACGGGAUGCCGUGAUCCUGCAGCCGGUAGCCCGCCUCGUCGUACACUGCCACAUUUGCACUUCUUCUCUUUCACCCCCCUCCUCCAGCCUCCCUGCCGCCUUAUUCAUCUGUCACGCAUGCUUUUCUUUCCAGCCGUAGUUUUCGCUGUCUGGCGACCCUUUGCAUUCUCCUGUUUACUUUCAGCUCCCUGUUCCCUUCUGCCACUUCCGAUACCUUUUCAACCAUUUCCCUUCACGUGUAUUGCGCUUGCUGUAGAUACCGAUGUCAUAGAUGCCUUCUUUCUAUGUUAAUUAAACAGUGUAUUUUAUAUAUUUUAUUUAGAUAGUUUUAAUAUGCGUAUGUGUCCGUCUGAGUCGGAUAUUAAUAAAUACCAAAAUAUCA